GUGGGAAGGCAAGGAAGAAAAGCGUCUCCUUCCACAGACAGCAACCAAAUGAAAGCAUGGCGCCAGCAAAAUGGGCCGCGUGGCUUUGCAAUUUAUGAACCUUCAAAGACUUUUGUGUUUUUCCGUGUGUGAAUCAAUCAACGCUAACUCUGACUUUUUCACUAAAUCCAAAAACCUGCUUUUUGCCCGCUUUGACCAUUUCUCCAUUUCUCAGUUUCUUCCUCGCCUAUAAAUCUCCACUUUAAUUCUCUUUCUUCCUCAUACUCCAACAAAUAAAUAUUGCCGGAAAAGAUGGAAACGAUGACGAACAGAGGAACCCUUCAAUUUACGGAUGUUUCAACGGCUCUUUCCAAUCUCAUUCUAACUGCCGGAGGAAAUACUCUGGAUUCAAUCUUCUCUCACUGUGACAAUUUCAGCCGCUCUGUAAUCGAUGGCGUAGAUUUCGAGCAGGCAGUUGGGUCGUCGGUGUAUCUCCGACAGCGGGAAGUACUGCAGAGAUUUUCUCAGGAAAGGAAAGCAAAUGGGUCUCGGGAUUUAUUUGCAAAGGCAUACGAAGUGCUGUAUUCGGGUUGCGGCGCUGCCGUUGGUGGCGGCAAGAGGAAGGUUUACAGAGGAGUGCGGCAGAGGCAAUGGGGGAAAUGGGUGGCGGAGAUUCGACUGCCGCAGAAUCGGAUGAGGGUGUGGUUAGGAACAUAUGACUCGCCGGAGACCGCCGCCUAUGCUUACGACUGCGCCGCCUGUAAGCUCCGAGGGGAAUAUGCUCGGUUGAAUUUUCCAAAUUUGAAGGAUCUAAAGAGCGAUUUAGGUAGCGAUGAGUUUGUGAAAUUGAGUGGGUUGAAAAAAUUGGUGGAUGCCAAAAUUCAAGCGAUUUUUCAGAAGAUAAAGGGGAAGGGGAAGAAGAAGGAUUGUCGGAGAAUCGGCAGCGAUUUAGGUUCGGGUUCGUGUUCUUCGUCGUCACCGUCGGUGUCUCUGCCUCCAGCGGUAGUGGAGAUGACGGAGAAGUGGAGUUGGGAAAGGGUAUCGGCUGUUGGUGCAGCGGAAGAUGGGUUGUGGAACUUUGAGAACUCGCCUCGAGCUGGUUCAGUGGAUUGCUUGACGGCGACGGCGACGGGAUCGGAAACAGAGUGGUACUCGUUGGAGAAGAUGCCUUCUUUUGAUGCAGAGCAGAUUUGGGAUGUUCUUGCAAUCUAGACCUUUUUUGUUCUUUGUUCAAUCUUCAUGGGACCAAAUAAACUUUUGGUUUGAUGAUGAAUUUUGGAUUUUUAUUCUUACUUUGUAAACUAUUAAACACUUCUUAAAAGGUAUAAAA